AUGGCUCCAGCCCCGACCUCGACCGAGAAUAUUACCCCACCGCGCAGCAGUCAUGGCCAAGCAGACUCAUGGGGAUACAGCAUGUCCCAGAAAGAGGUAUGGAGUUUUGCGUCUCAGGAUGCUGACUAUGAUAACGACAUGACCAACCAUGCCUUUUCCCAAAAGAACCAUUUCACUACCCAGAAUGGUAACUCCAACUCUUACCACUCUGGUAUGGAUAGAGUUGGUCGCAAAGUAAACUCCCACGAUAAUCUUUCGAGUACAAAGCUCCAUAACUCCGUCGACGGUGCCGGAGGUCGUCACAUUGCCGAGUCCCAGACGAGCCCAGCCUUGAAUGGCAGCUCUUGGGAACAGGAGUAUGGUCCCCAUGAGACCGAGGACGAAUACAGCCGCAAUGCUGUACCUAUCGAUCAACCGCCUGAUGAGGGCUCCAAAUGGAUCCAUCGUGAUAAGCUGGCAAAGAUAGAAAGCGAGGAGCUUCAGGCUGCAGGAAUCUACAUUCCAAGAUCCCGUAACCAAAGCAAGCAACGACGAGGCGAUCGAGACCGUAGCCGUAGUGCUAUGCGCCGAGGCACAGAUACAUCCGAGACAAGAUCUCGAAAGAACUCCACAGCUGUCGAUUCGCGAAGUCCCGAGAUCGGAGGCGAAUCCUGGGAUUUGAGAACUCCAGAGGAGAUUGCCGAGGAGGAAAACAAUGCUUACUUCCAUGCAAACAGCCAUAAGGGAGGUUCUCGCAUUCCGGUUGCCAAGGUUAGUCCAGUGCCCAUCAGUAUCGAUCGUUUUGAGCGAGAAUCCAUCGCUUCGAGAAAGACAAGCUCGAGCCCCGAAAAUGAACGGACUUUGACAUAUGAAAAGGCGCGACCCGGCAGCGCGCACAUGAUGAAGGGCUCCGACGCCAUGUCGAUCAACAGCAACUUCAAUAAUAGUAGCUUGCCCGCACCGAAACGAACCGCUACCGACAAUCCUUCACCCAAGAAGAACGCGAACGGUCCACGAAAGACCUCUGCACCUUCCAAGACAGGGACUGGAACGAACAGGCCAAAGACAAGGUCUGGUUCUGUUGGAAAUAGUAUCUCAAACGCCACGCGACCUACAACUCGAUCUGGAGAGUUGUCACCUGGGAAUAAGGCACCUGAAGGUGACCCUCCAUGGAUGAUCAACUCUUACAAGCCUGAUCCUCGACUUCCUCCUGAUCAGCAGCUUCUCCCAACCGUGGCGCGACGCCUACAGCAAGAGAAGUGGGAGAAAGAGGGUAAAUUCGGCGAUGUCUACGACAAAGAUUUCCGACCCCUCAACGACAACGCCUUGGGCAAGGAACACCAUGAGAAUAGGUCCGGAGACGAGACCGACUCGAAAGAGAAGGAAGAAGGCCAGGCUGGGGGUGAGUGGCCACUCAAGUUGGAGCCAAAGAGUCCUACACAACGUGCUGGAGGUUAUUCUACAAUGCCUAGGAUCUCGGACAAGCCCACCAACAGUCCUCUCCCAAGUCCAAGGACACCCAUGUCGCCCAAUGCACCUCUUUCACCCAACGGGCCAGGACAAGAACAGCCAAAAGAGGAGCAAUCCACCGAACAACCUGUGCAGCAGCAACAACAACAACAACCUCAACGUCAACAACCUGCCGACGACGACAGCAAGGGCGGUUGCGGCUGCUGUGUGGUCAUGUAG